AUGAACCAUCAAUCAGCAGACAUGUAUUAUCCGUCCCACAUGUCGGCUGGUCAGCCAAAUAACCCCCAAAAUGUGUCUACGAGCAGCCUCACACACUAUUCACCACAUCACCAGCCCCCACUACUACAACCCGGGCCUUCACAAUACGGUGGAGCUCCAAGCUCAUAUGGUCAUUACGGGAAUUACCCCCAUGGUAUGGCUUCGCCACAACCAACCGGACACAAUGUUUCCAACGCUCUCUGCCAGCAGAAUAAUGUCCUACCAUUGCCACCAAACCUCUCUACAUCAAAUAAUAGUCUAGGAAACAAUGGUUAUGGAUCGCAGCAAGGCUUUGACAUGACGGGACAAGUAGCGCCACAUGGCAUGAAGCCCCGGGUGACUGCAACACUUUGGGAGGACGAAGGAAGUUUAUGUUUCCAGGUUGAAGCCAAAGGCGUGUGCGUUGCUCGCCGAGAAGAUAACCAUAUGAUAAAUGGAACAAAACUUUUAAAUGUUGCUGGAAUGACGCGUGGUCGAAGGGAUGGAAUUCUUAAAAGCGAAAAGAUGCGCCACGUCGUGAAGAUUGGACCCAUGCACCUUAAGGGCGUUUGGAUACCAUUUGAACGAGCUCUGGAUUUUGCCAAUAAAGAGAAAAUCACCGAACUCCUUUAUCCUCUAUUUGUCCACAAUAUUGGAGCACUGCUCUACCAUCCGACUAACCAGACUCGCACCAAUGCCGUUAUGGCUGCUGCUGAGAGACGUAAACAAGAACAGAAUCAGAUGCGCAACUCUCAAACACCCGGACUCCCGUCCCUUCAUCAACAUCAUCACCACUCUAUGAGCGUGUCAAUGGCCGGAAUGUCAAAUGGACCUCCACCAGUUCUCGCGCCACAUCCGCACAUGGGUCGUGGUAGCCUCGAUCGUGGACAGAGCUUCCCUACACCUCCGACAAGUGCGUCUAGCGUUAUGGGAAAUAUGGGCAAUUCUGACGGAAAUUUUCAAUGGGGGCAUUCAAAUAGUAUGAGCAACGUCCCAGUAAAUAGUGCUUUAUCGAUAGAUACGGGCUUGAGCAAUGCGAGAUCUAUGCCGAAUACCCCUGCAUCUACACCUCCAGGUUCAAACAUACAAGGCCUGCAGUAUCAACAAAGCAAUAAUACAUACGAUACAACGCGUCACAUGUACAGUACAUCGAACAACCAGCAUCAUCCUUACUCUCAAAAUACAUCUGAUCAUUCUGGAAUGCCGCGAUUCCCAACCACUAAUUACUUAAAGACGGACAUGGCUCCUCCCGCACGUUCCUCGGUACCCGAUAAUGAAAACCACACAGACGCUAAAGAUGCCUCUGGAAUACUGCAUCAUGGAACUAACCACGCACCACCGGCACCAGAUGAGGAACGUGAGCAUGAUCAGGAAGCAGAAUACACCCAUGGAAGUACGGCCCACUUUGAACCCAACCGUGCACCUUACAAUUAUAAUCCUGGCCCCACACUCGGAUCCCUUGCAGCCGAUCACGCGCACCUAUCGGAAAUCACGGCAUCACCAAGCCACUCGAAUUCAGGGAGAGCUACGCCUAGAACCGCUAACAAUGCGCAAACUUUCUAUUCACAGUCAGGUGGAUAUCACACCCCACCACGAGCACUACCCCCAUCAAGCAACUUGUAUAACGUAAUGAGUGCAGACAGAGGUGCAUCCACGAAUAACAACGUAAGUGAUCUGUAUACGGUGCAGACGGAACUCAACCCUCUUCCUGUAAGCUUCUCUGGGCAACCAAACAAUUUGCAUAGUGGACCAGGUUCCGGGACGAAACGUGUCCGAGACGAUGAAGAGGAAACUCGACCUCCUAGCCGUAAUUCUAUUAAUGAUAUUGAUAGCAUGAAAAGACGGAAAGCUGUGUCAAUAUCCGGACCUCCCGGCUAUGAGGCGCCAGCACUCGGUCGAGUUCGUUCCCAGAUUUCACAGAGGCGCCGGUAG